AUGCUACUAGCAGAAAACGUGCUCCCCAACGUGGUCUCCGGAACAAGAAGCAGGCCCAUUGGAAAGCCAAGGAAAGCUUCUUCACAUCGUGGCGAAGUUCUGAGGGUCCAUCGGAGCUCGUGCCGUCGUCGUUCUUGGCGUUUGCGUAGAACAUUACCCACAACACGUUCCGUCAGCACACGCCCUUCUUCAAGGAUCAUCUUGGACUCUUGCAAGCAGCAGCGAUUAACCAAAAGUCUCCAGCAGCCAAUCAGAAGCGCUAAUUCACCCACGGGGUCGGACCCAACGGCCACGGUCAACUCUCGUCUCGUCCCGGGAACACAAACCUCUCGACCGACUACAACCCGGCCGGGAUUGACGAAUAACAGCGAGGUUCUCAAAUCAGGUUCGGGAAGCUCAGCAAGCUUAGAAAGCUCAUGA